AUGGCGGUGCACGGCAGUCCUCGGUCACCCGGGCCCCACGCCGGCUUCUCUGAACAGCUGCAUCCGAUGAUGCUUAGAAGCCACAGCAUAGCCGUGGACCCAAACAGGAAACUUUACAGGGCUUCUGCCGAGGUGCAAGACGCCUUCAUGACUUACACGGUGUAUGAUGACACCAUCACCAUUAAGCUCAUCCAAGAGGCCUGCAAGGAGAUGAAUGCACCAUCGUUUCGAGUGGAGAGAGCUGCAGAAGGGAAAAUGCUUCUCCAUUACUACUCAGAUAGAAGUGGUCUGUGCCACAUUGUGCCAGGUAUCAUUGAGGCUGUGGCCAAGGACUUCUUUGACCUGGAUGUGACCAUGGAUAUCCUUGACAUGAAUGAGGAAGUGGAGAGGACAGGGAAGAAGGAGCACGUUGUGUUUCUGAUCGUGCAGAAGGCUCGCAGGAAGAUGAGAAAGGCAAAGCCAGCCAGGUUACACGACAGUCAGGACAUCCGGAGUGACCAAGAGGCCCUCCAGGCAGCUUUCCUCAGGAUGAAGGAGAAAUAUUUGAGUGUCUCUGCUUGUCUUGUGAAGAAGUCCCGCUGGGAUGUUGUGAGAAGCAUAGUCGUGUUUGGAAAAGGGCAUCUCGCGAACACCUUCGAGCCGAUUUAUCCCGAGAGGCUGUGGAUCGAAGAGAAGACAUUCUGCAACGCCUUCCCUUUCCACGUUGUGUUUGAUGAAUCACUGCGGAUCAAGCAAGCUGGAGUGACUAUUCAGAAGUACGUCCCAGGACUCCAAACCCAGAAGAUUCGAUUAGACGAGUAUUUCUCCAUCAUUCAUCCUCAAAUUACCUUCGACAUUUUCAGCAUCUGCAAAUUUAUCAACAGUCAAUUUGUCCUGAAGACACGAAGAGAAAUGAUGCCCGAAGCAUGGAAAAGUCAGCCCACACUCAAGCUCCGAGGCCAGAUGAUCUGGAUGGAGUCCACGCGGUGCAUGAUGUACAUGUGCUCCCCGAAGCUCCGCAGCCUGCAAGAGCUGGAGGAGUACAAGAUGCAUCUUUCCGACAUCGCCCCCCACGACACGACCAGGGACCUCAUCCUCCUGAACCAGCAGCGACUGGCUGAGAUAGAGCUGUCCAACCAGCUGGAGAGGAAGAAGGAGGAGCUGCGCGUCCUCUCCCAGCACUUGGCCAUGGAAAAGAAGAAAACGGAGACCCUGCUGUAUGCCAUGCUGCCCGAGCACGUGGCCAACCAGCUGAAGGAGGGCGAGAGGGUCGCGGCAGGAGAAUUUAAAACCUGCACGAUCCUUUUCAGCGACGUGGUAACGUUUACCAACAUCUGUGCCGCCUGCGAACCUAUCCAAAUAGUGAAUAUGCUGAAUUCGAUGUACUCCAAGUUUGACAGAUUAACCAGUGUCCACGAGGUCUACAAAGUGGAAACAAUAGGAGACGCUUACAUGGUUGUAGGGGGUGUGCCGGUGCCUACUGGAAGCCAUGCGCAAAGGGUGGCUAAUUUUGCCUUGGGGAUGAGGAUUUCUGCAAAAGAAGUGAUGAACCCCGUUACUGGAGAGCCCAUUCAGAUCCGAGUGGGGAUACACACCGGACCGGUCUUAGCAGGGGUCGUGGGAGACAAGAUGCCACGGUACUGCUUGUUCGGUGACACUGUGAACACAGCCUCUAGGAUGGAAAGUCACGGGCUUCCUGACAAAGUGCACCUCAGCCCCACAGCCUACAGAGCCCUGGAAAAUCAAGGGUUUGAAAUUGUUGAGAGAGGUGAAAUUGAAGUGAAAGGGAAAGGGAAAAUGACCACAUACUUUCUGAUCCAGAACUUGAAUGCCACCAAUGAUGAGAUCAUGGGGCGACCCACAACUCCACUAGAUCACAAAGAAGCAAGUGCUCUGGGAAAGGAAGACAGGAAACCUGUUGCUGUCAUGAGGUACGCUGACAGUUGGCAGCUGCUCCCUGACGGGGACGUGGCGGAUGCGUCCAAGGAACCCACCCCUGCUGGGAGUCCAGGGGCAGGACAGGAGUCCCCGGAGGCAGCUGACCAACGACAGUCUUUAGUUCAGACAAAGACACGACACUUUCCGAAUGACACUGAGCCGUCUGGUUUCUGUGUUUUGUUGUAACAGGAGGAAAAUGAAACCCUGGGGCUUAAUUUUUCCACUACUUAGGUCUAUGGCAGCAAAGAAAAGUAACUUCUUUUCAUUUCUCACCUCAAAACUUCUUAAACUAUGUCUCUUCCUCAUCGUCCCUCUGAGAAUAAAAGUCUAGAAAUGAAACACAAUCCUGACAAGUUUGGAAAAUGUGCUUUUACGUUCUUAGUUCAAAGCCAACCCUCAGCUUUGGGACUUUGGGUCCUAUUUGUUCUCAUAGAUGAUAAGUUCGGCCUUGGGGCCUAUUUCUAUUUCCUUCUAACAGGAAUGAAUACCUUCACGCUCUCAUCACCGCGGUUCCACCAAAUCUUUGCCUCUGAAUAAGAGCCCUCGUGGCCGACUUCAGAGGACAUCCUGACCUUGGAGGCUGCCUCGUUUUAAAUGGUGGUGGGAGUGAGGAAGGAAGAGGAGGAGGAGAAAGAGACCCAGACCCCGCAGUUUAUAAAUCACCCCAUAACGUAGUCGGGAUGUGAAAGGCACUCAGCCAGGGUUGUGAAAGGAAAUCAUUUUCAUUCCCAGCCCUGGGAAUUACAUGAAGCAACAGAACAAAAGCUGCACUCCCCAGAGAUUUUCUGAAAGUAAAAUGGAAGGGAAAACGUGGAAAUCCCUGGAAAGGCAGAGCUAGGAAAGAUACGGAAACAAGGCGGCGUGUGGCCAGACACCCAGCGCCCUUGGCUGGUUCCUCACCCGUUUCCAGCUGUAGGUGCAGAAACGCCUUCCACAAAGAGAGUGUGGGGAAUGCUCUCAGAGAAGUGGGGAGGGGGGCAGAAGUUGUCUGUGGGCUCCACAUUUGCUUUUGGUGAUGAUGAGAAGAUAAGCGAUCCUUUCGAUAAUAAACAAAA